GAAAAAGAAAGAUCCUCUUUUGUAACAGAUCCAGCAAAAGUCCAAGGGUGGACUCCAUAUCCUCGAUUGACUUUUAAGCACACCCCUGAAGAAAUCACUCAGAAAAUCAAGGGUGCAGCAAGAGGUGGAGACCCUGUGCUCCUUCACCGUGGGCAACCCCAGCAUGCACAGGGAGGCAGGAGCCCUCCUUGUGGACCUAGAGACCCCAAAGGAGACACAAACCCGGAGCCUGGGCAGGCCUGUCAAAUCCUCGAAGCAGUACUUGCGCCACGUCAUUGCAGAAUACGAGGUGCUGGACCGAGAGCUCCCAUGCAUCCGGAAGUUCCCUACACCACCCGCUGCCCAGCCUCUCUGUCUGUGCAUGGAGACCUCACCGGAGGAGGACCUUACCCACCUGGAGGUGCUGGAGGCUCUGGAGGCCGAGUUACCCGGCGCCAUGGAGAGCGGGCGCGUGAGCAGCAUCCGCUUUGAAAAUAUGAAUGUCAUCUGUGGGACUGCCGGGCGCCGGGACAGGUGGCUUAUCAAGGUCACGGACUUCCAGACUCGCUCUCGUCUGCUGCGCUCCGGCAUCCGCCUCCGCGGGAACGCACACCCGCUGGUGCGCCACGACGAACUGCUGCGAGCCGAUUACCGCCUGCACCUGCGGCGCUCCCUUGUCCGGCGGCGCAUGCUCGAGGCCCUGGGGGCGGAGCCGACCGAGGAAGACUAACGCUUAGGGGGCGGCCCCGGCUGCGCUUGCACACUGCCCAGCUGGCUCGGGCGACCCACCCGGCACCCCCGAGGGAAGGGGGCGUUGCCUCCCCAGGAAGGAGGCGGGGCCGGCUCGAGGGGGUGGAUACUGUGAGUUUAAUUAUAAAGAAUGACCUGGUACAAAAGCCGUUUCUCUCUGCAAAAUCUUGGUGGGGAGUCAGGGGGAGGGAGGUGAUAGGGGGUAGGGACGAACCCCCAUAAUAUAAUCCCGCCUCCCUCAUCUUCCCCAAGUCCCUGCAAAUGGACGCCUGGGUCCCAAUCCGUUGAGGGAUGAACUGAGGCUCGCGAGAGGGCAGACCCGGGCGCCGGGGCUUUCAACCCAUGCCGAUCCCUGUCUUAGAGAGAACCAGACGUCCUCAUCCGCCCCCCUCCUCUUUUCUCCUCCCACCCCCCUUGGAAGACAAUUCUCGGGC